UAAACGAAGCUAUUCAUUCAAUCGAGAAUGGAGAACUGCAAAUUACCAAGAGAGCUGCUGAUCGAGAUUUUGGCAAGAUUGCCGGUAAAAUCUCUUAUGCGAUUUAAGUCUUUUUGUAAGUUCUUUUAUUCUUUAAUAAAAAGUGAUAAUCAUUUCCAACACAAGCACUAUGAAAUUAGUCGGGUGAGAAGAGAUUAUGUCAUUUUCCAGCGAGAGAUUGGGAUUAGGGAAUUUCCGUUACGUGACGAAGUAUUUGGUUUAGUUUGCAAAGAAUUGGAUUCUGAUGAGAUUGGAUGUGUAGACCUAGUCAUGCCAAAAUUAGGGAAGGUGAAGUGUAUUGAUGGUAUAUUAUGCCUAAUUGCCCAUAGGACUACUGAUGGAACUAGGAAUAUCUGGAUAUGGAAUCCAUCCACCCGGGAAAUUAAGGCAUUACCACCUGUCUCCGCACCUCACAAUUUCUUUUCAGACCAAAUGCGAGAAGUGGUUGGAUUUGGAUUUUGUAACAACAUGACUGGGAAGGUCAUCAUUUUUUGGAGUUCGUACGACGGAUGUGUAUGCAAGGUAAUGGUUUGCAACCAGGUUGAUAAUUUAUGGGGUUGGAGAGAAAUUAAUCAAUAUCCUCACUUUGAUUCUUUGUGGGCAACGUCUGAUUAUGAUAUUUAUUUGAAAGGAAAGUAUUAUUGGUAUCUUUGUGCAUACCCAGGUGAUGAGAUAAAGCAGUAUUUGCUUUGGUUUGACAUGAGUGCCGAGUCUUUUGGGACAAUUAGUUUGCCAUUUAAUCCACCAGAACAAUAUGGGAAUGGAGGGAAAGCUUUUAUUAGAUGCAUGGUUUCGGUUAUGAAUGACACUAUUGCUUUGAUUGGUUAUCGAGAGCAAAGAUCGGAGGUUUGGUUAAUGAUAGAAAAUGAUAGUGAUGUUAAUUGGCAUAAAUAUGCAUGCUUUGACAAUGGAAAUGAUUAUUGGCAGCCAAUGCAAAUUUGGAAUCAGGAUCGUCAUUUGCUCAUAUGUAGGACGGGUGCUGAAGAGGAUGAUCGUGAACCACACUUAGUUUCCAUUGAUUUGGUAACUGGAGAAAAAAAGAAGAGACUCAAUAAUAUUGAUACCUUUUCAGAGAAAUGUUUUCUAGCUUACAGUGAGAGUCUGAAAAUGUUUUAAGAAUGAAACACACAGUAAGUAGUAUUUGCAGGCAUUUCUACACUGCAAGUAUCUAUGGAUGUAAAGUUUAAUAGUAGCUUUCGUAGACUCUUAUAUGUACACCUUGCAUGCACUGCAUACAGAGAUGCUGAAAUUGAUGUUUCGACUUUCAUUCUCUCAAAUUCAUAGAAUUCCAUUGAUCUAAUGUAGUGUUAAAGUCCAUCAAAUCUAGAACAAAUUCAAUGCCUUGCUCAAAACUUCAUGACAGUACCUGGUUUUGGUGAAGAAGAUCCAAUUUUCAGUUCUUCAGGAAAAAAUAUAAUGUUCAUGUCAACUGCUUAUUGUGUAUUAGCAAACAAGUGAUCAUUUUCUUGAAUCUUGUGAUUGCAAGAGACAGCCCUUGCAUGCCAAUGGAAUCUCCUUUUCAACGUGUGGCUUUAUCUGUUGAUGUUCACAAGAUAAUCGGUUGGAUUUCAGAGCAUAAACUGUACUGACGAAGAAUUUCUGUCUUGAAACAGAAUCUUCUCAUAAUGAAUCCAUGUAUUGUGUCCCAGCACUGUUAGUUUGAUUAUAAUUGGCAUGAUUACUAUUAUAUCAAAA